AUGGAGGAUACCGCUGGAAGAUCGUACAUUAGGUUAACAUCGUACUUGGCACCAGAGGUUAAUCGAACUGUUGGUCAACAGAUUCGAUACAAAUGUGAAGCUGCUGGGUCUCCAAAACCUGUUUUCAGUUGGAAACGAAACAAUGUACCGCUGGAAAGACGACCAAAUAUCAAAGUGCGAAAUAAGGAUCACUUUUCGCGGUUAACAAUUGUAGAUUUGGAAGUGCUGAAUUCAGGUUUCUACGAAUGUAUAGCUACCAAUAGUGCCGGUACAGUGAAAACUGGAAGCAAAUUAAAAAAUAAGUAUGUUUGGUCUAAAAGAUGUGUCAGGCACUUGGAAGUUCCUGAAACAAUUGAAUUAUAG